UGUGGAAGUAGAUAAGAUCCAGAGGAAUAGGCAAGUGGUAGAAGAAGAAGAACAGCUGUUCUUUCUUCCGACCACAAAGUCAGCCGACAGUUAAAUUUCAAUCCUAUAAAUUUCAACUAUCCUUCUCCAUUUUCAAAAAAUCAAAUCUUUUCUUUCCUUACUCGAAUGCUCUUUUUAUAAUCAGAUCUACCACCAGUUGUCUGAGAGAUACAUAAUACAAACACCAAGAAGAAGAGGACAACGAAGAACAAGAUCGGCUCCGUUUGUUCCUCUUGUCUUAAACAGAGAAGUCAGCACUACGUCGAUUUAAGCAAAAUCAAAACGCUCUUUUGUCAAAGCGGAGAAAUGGCCGGAGGGUUCGUCAGUCAAACGCCGGGAGUUCGUAAUUAUAAUUACAAACUGACACCGAAAGUGUUCGUAACAUGUUUCAUCGGUGCCUUUGGUGGUCUCAUCUUCGGAUACGAUCUCGGGAUCUCAGGAGGGGUAACCCAAAUGGAGCCCUUCUUGGAAGAGUUUUUCCCUGACGUGCACAGGAAGAUGAAGAGCGCACACCAGAACGAGUACUGUCGUUUCGAUAGUCAGCUCCUCACUCUCUUCACUUCAUCUCUCUAUUUGGCGGCUUUGGUCUCUUCCUUGUUCGCCUCCACUAUAACGAGAGUUUUCGGAAGGAAAUGGUCCAUGUUCCUUGGUGGUUUCACCUUCUUCGUCGGCUCUGCUUUCAAUGGCUUUGCCCAAAACAUUGCCAUGCUUCUCAUCGGUCGUAUUCUACUCGGUUUCGGUGUCGGUGUCGGAUUCGCCAACCAAUCUGUUCCGGUUUAUCUCUCGGAAAUGGCUCCUCCGAAUCUAAGAGGAGCGUUCAACAAUGGGUUUCAAGUAGCGAUUAUAUUCGGUAUCGUUGUUGCAACCAUCAUCAACUACUUCACUGCACAGCUGAAAGGCAACAUCGGAUGGAGAAUCUCACUAGGGUUAGCUUGUGAGGAGUCUAAGCAAGUGAAACACCCGUGGAAGAACAUCUUGCUCCCUCGUUACAGACCACAAUUGAUCAUAACUUGCUUCAUUCCUUUCUUCCAGCAGCUUACCGGAAUCAACGUCAUUACAUUUUAUGCGCCUGUUCUGUUCCAAACCCUAGGGUUCGGUAGCAAAGCCUCGCUCUUAUCGGCUAUGGUUACGGGAAUCAUCGAGCUCUUGUGUACCUUCGUCUCUGUUUUCACUGUGGAUAGGUUUGGAAGAAGAGUCUUGUUCCUCCAGGGAGGUAUCCAGAUGCUUAUCUCUCAGAUUGCUAUUGGUGUCAUGAUAGGAGUCAAAUUUGGAACGGUUGGAACAGGGAACAUAGGGAAAACAGAUGCUAAUCUGAUCGUGGCACUGAUCUGUAUCUAUGUAGCCGGUUUCGCCUGGUCAUGGGGACCGUUGGGAUGGCUGGUACCUAGUGAGAUAUCUCCACUAGAGAUCCGAUCCGCAGCUCAAGCCAUAAACGUAGCGGUCAACAUGUUCUUCACAUUCCUUGUAGCUCAGCUCUUCCUGACUAUGCUCUGCCACAUGAAGUUCGGACUAUUCUUCUUCUUCGCGGUGUUUGUCUUCAUAAUGACGAUAUUUAUCUACUUGAUGUUGCCUGAGACGAAGAAUGUACCAAUAGAAGAGAUGAACAGAGUGUGGAAAGCACACUGGUUCUGGGGAAGGUUUAUACCUGAUGAAGCUGUUGGUGUUAGCGCUGCUGAGAUGCAACAAAAGUCUGUAUGAUGAAAUAUCAUUUUCUUUGGGCAAAAGACACAGAGAAAAAUUGAAAAGAGAAAGGUAUUGAUUAAGAGGAUGAAAUAAUAAUGAAAUGUGUUAUUCCUGAAAGAAAGCUGCUCUGCUGUUUUAUGCAGAGACUUAGAUUUUAGUUUAUUCUUCCUUCUUGUUCAAUUUUUCUUUGUUGCAACUGUAAGUUGGGCCUAAAGAAAGUUAAGAAAACAAAAAAUACGUAUAAAAAGUGAAAUCAGUUUAUCUUA